AGCCAGCACACUAGUUGACCAGACAAGAGCACAGCUAGGCCUUUCAGAACCUCAGGAAAUCACAAUCUGAACCACUUUCCUUCCUCUUUCAAAAGUCAAAUCUCUCUGUGUUUGGGUUUUCACUCAUUUCAUCUUCUUCUUCUUCUUCUUCUUCUUCUUCCUUCCUCUGAGAAACGACGAAGAUGGCAGUGAUAUUGUCGAUGCAUCGUUUGUGGCUUGUUCUUUGGUGAUUCGGUAUUACUGUUGAUUCGUAAACAUGGUUUGGAGAAAUGGGUGCGAGGAAGUGGCUCAUUCCAAACCCCUGUUUCUCACGAUCUACACUGUUGUCAUCAUUGGCAUCGUGGUUUCCUUCUUCUACGUCUUCUCUGCCAUAUAUUCAACCAACACUCCUGCUUCUCAACCUUCUCAAUGGCUCUCUUCUUCCAUCUCGCUGCAUGAGGAUCCUCAGAUUACAAAUCAAACACUCAACAUUUCUCAGUCAGUAACGGUGCCCAAUCCUUCUCCAGGUCAGCAAAAUGUAGGGGGGCCAAGUCCUAUUUGGGAUGUUCCACCAUCCAAUAAACAAAUGCCACCCCUGAAGACUUUCCAACUUACCAAGGAACUGGUUCAGCAAAGGGUGAAAGAUAACGUUGUAAUAGUGACCUUUGGCAACUUUGCAUUCAUGGAUUUUAUUCUGAAUUGGGUUAAACAAUUAACAGAUCUGGGAAUGUCUAAUCUUCUUGUUGGAGCAAUGGACACCAAAUUAUUGGAGGCAUUGUAUUGGAAAGGGGUGCCAGUUUUUGACAUGGGUAGCCAUAUGAGUGCGGUAGAUGUUGGCUGGGGGUCUCCAACAUUUCAUAAAAUGGGGAGAGAAAAAGUUAUUCUGAUAGAUUCAAUACUUCCUUUUGGAUACGAGCUGUUGAUGUGUGAUACUGACAUGGUUUGGUUGAAGAACCCACUUCCAUAUCUUGCUCGUUAUCCAGGAGCAGAUAUUUUAACUUCAAGUGAUCAGGUUAUACCAACAGUUGUCGAUGAUAGUUUGGAAAUUUGGCAAGAAGUUAGUGGUGCCCUCAACAUUGGAAUUUUCCAUUGGAGACCUACAGAGGCUGCAAAAAAGUUGGCAAAGCAAUGGAAAGAAAUGCUUCUAGCUGAUGAUAAGAUAUGGGAUCAGAAUGGGUUUAAUGAUAUUGUUCACAGACAGUUAGGACCAUCUGUUGAUGAUGACCGUGGACUUGUUUUUGCUUUUGAUGGAAAUCUGAAGAUGGGAAUUUUGCCUGCAAGUAUCUUCUGUAGUGGACAUACAUAUUUUGUCCAGGCUAUGUACCAGCAGCUAAGGUUGGAGCCAUAUGCAGUGCACACAACAUUCCAAUAUGGAGGUACUGAAGGAAAGCGCCACCGACUACGAGAAGCCAUACUCUUCCAUGAUCCACCAGAAUACUAUAAUCCUCCUGGGGGUUUCUUGUCAUUUAAGCCAUAUAUUCCAAAAAGCUUGAUGUUAAAUGGGGAGCAUUCAGUUGAAUCACAUUUUACUCUUGUUAAUCACCAAAUUAAACAGAUUAGGACAGCACUUGCAAUUGCUUCCCUCCUGAACAGAACUCUGGUCAUGCCUCCACUAUGGUGCAGAAUUGACCGGCUGUGGUACGGCCAUCCUGGUAUUUUGGAAGGGUCUAUGACUAGACAACCUUUUCUCUGUCCUUUGGACCAUGUAUUUGAGGUGAAUGUCAUGUUGAAAAAACUCCCAGAAGAAGAUUUUGGCCCUGAAAUAGAUAUUAGAGAGUACUCAAUACUUGAUAAUCCCUCUGUGCCGUCAGAGGUGAAAAAGUCAUGGCUUAAUGUUCAGCUCUGCAAAGAAGGAACUCAAGAUUGUGAUGCAUCAAAUGAUACAACUUUGGGGGGAUUACUUAAAUUUCCAAAGCAUAGCAAUGAAGAAACGUUCAUGAAAGUAUUCUCAUCAUUCAAGGAUGUAAAAGUCAUUAAGUUCUCUUCAGUGCUAGAUGCUUUCACAGGUUUCGCUGACAAGGAAAGGGAAGAGAGAUUCAGAAAUCGUGUUAAGCGGUAUGUGGGCAUAUGGUGCUGUGUGCCAGAUCAAGAUCCUGGCCACAUUUAUUAUGAUAUGUACUGGGAUGAGAAACCUGGAUGGAAAGCAAUUCCGCCUCAAUCUCCCGAGGAAGAUCGUCCACCUUGGUGAGAUCAAGCUCAGGUUUUUGUUUAAACACUAAUAGCAUGUUUGGAUAAGCUUCUCUUUCCUCAUAAAUCAAUUUUGAAAAUCCAGAACCUAUUUACAAAAACUUCUUCCCAAAUUAAUUAUGGCUUUAGAAUAUUUCCAAACAUGCACUAAGAUGGAUAGGGGAAUAAGAGAGAAACCCAAAGGUGGAUGAGUUUCCAACUCAUUGUCAAGACCAAGAUUGUAUACUCACAGAAAUGAAGAAUCUGUAUCCAUAUUGAGGAUGUAAGAUAUUUAUAGAGAUGAGACAAUUGAUUAUUGUGAAGCAAUUAAGAAAAAAAUUGUGUAUUUUUUGUCCACUUUGUAUUUGAAGUUACCAAUAUUGCAAACUAGAGAAAUGAAAGUCCACAAUUUCUUAGAGGAGGGGGCACUUUUUGGUCUUUUUGAUAUUUUAGUUGAUUUUGGAUCGCCUGAAAUAACAAUACUAGAAACAUUCAAUUGUAUCACUCUUCCAUAGUGAUGUUUGCUAUUCUAAUAUGGUUCAAGUUAUCUAA